AUGUCGAAGCCCACUUUCCGCCCUUAUCCCGAACCAGGCGCCGAAGUCAAAGGUCAAUUUCGGCUGUUUCGCUUUCUCUCCGAAACGAUUCGCCAUGGCGGAUUCCACUUCACCACACUCAUGCCACAUAUCAUUAUUCCUGUCUACGUGGCGUACAUGAUCCUCAAGCGCAUGGGGCUGUGGACCGACGGUAUGGACACGUUUGUCGAAGGACUUCUCAUACCCGCGCUCCAGGGCCUCGCCAUUGGCGGCAUCAUCGGCACGACCUACCUUCGAUUUAGUUUGACGGGAAGGAAAAUCAAGAGCAAGAGGGACGAAGGGGCAGCGACGAGCGAAGAGGAUGCCGGACAGCAUCGAGUCGAGGUCACCUUCUGGGCUUUCAUCUAUCUGCUCGUCAUUACGUUGAUUUGGAACAAUUUGCCAGCAGCUGACGGACCAGGCUUCACAGCUCUGAAGCGUCUGGGAGCCAAGGUCGGCAUGGACUUCUCACCAAAGAAGCCUGCUUUUGAGCUGGGCAUUUAG